AUGGGCGCCGGAGGCCGCAUGUCCGUGGAGGGCCGAGACUUCGUACCACAGACCAACAAGGACCCUCUCCACCGGGUACCCACCGCCAAGCCGCCCUUCACCGUGGGCGAGAUCAAGAAGGCCAUUCCCCCGCACUGCUUCAACCGCUCCCUGGUGCGCUCUUUCUCCUUCGUCUUCCAGGACCUCGCCAUCGUCUCCGUCCUCUUCUACCUCGCCGUCGCCUACCUCCCGCUCCUCCCUGCUCCGCUGCGGCUCCUCGCAUGGCCCCUCUACUGGGCGGUGCAGGGCUGCGUGAUGACCGGGGUCUGGGUCAUCGCCCACGAGUGCGGCCACCACGCCUUCUCCAACUACUCCCUCGUCGACGACAUCGUCGGGCUCGUCCUCCACUCGGCGCUCUUCGUCCCCUACUUCUCCUGGAAGUACAGCCACCGGCGCCACCACUCCAACACCGGCAGCCUCGACCGCGACGAGGUCUUCGUCCCCAAGCCCAAGUCCCAGCUCGCCUGGUUCUCCAAGUACCUCAACAACCCCCCCGGCCGCUUCCUCACCCUCUUCGUCUCCCUCACCGUUGGCUGGCCCCUCUACCUCGCCUUCAACAUCUCCGGCCGCCACUACGACUCCUUCGCCUGUCACUUCGACCCCUACGGCCCCAUCUACUCCGACCGUGAGCGCCUCCAGAUCUUCGUCUCCGACGCCAGUAUACUCGCCGCCGCGUUCCUCUUCUACCGCUGCGCCGCCGCCUACUCCCUCGCCACAGUCAUCUGCCUCUACGGCGUGCCGCUGCUGGUGGUGAACGGGUUCCUGGUGCUCAUCACCUACCUGCAGCACACCCACCCAGCGCUGCCGCACUACGACUCGUCCGAGUGGGACUGGCUGCGGGGGGCCUUGGCGACGGUGGAUAGAGACUACGGCGUGCUGAACAAGGUCUUCCACAACAUCACGGAUACCCACGUCGUCCACCACCUCUUCUCCACAAUGCCGCACUACAACGCCAUGGAGGCCACCAAAGCCGUACGGCCCUUGCUCGGGGAGUACUACCGCCUCGACAGGACGCCCUUUUACAAGGCCAUGUGGAGGGAGGCCAAGGAGUGCCUCUACGUCGAGCCCGACGACGGCUCCAAGGAUGCCGGCGUCUUCUGGUACCGCAACAAGUUCUAG